AGAGGCGAAUUACCCUAUGAUGUAACCAAUGAUCUGGAACUGCGCGCCUGCCUGACUCCGGAUGCCCACUACCCCCUUAUUGUUUCUAAUGGUUAUGUGACCACGGAUGACGAAGAAGACGAAGACGAUGAUGAUGGCGAAGAUAAGAAAGAUGAAGAGGCGAUUCCUGAUGGCGAAGGGACCAAUGAACAAACUUCCUCACUUUGCGUACUAGUGCAACUGCCUUUCACUGAUUUAGCCCCAUCUGUCUAUAAUCGUGAUGAGAGACUUGAGUUUUCCUCCGACCCUCUCAUCGACGCAGUUGCAGCCACAGCAAUCACAUCAUCCUUAAGUAAACCAACGCCCCCAAAAGUGCUUGAUGCUGAAGCAGUCUAG